AUGCCCUCCCAGGACGCCCCAGAGUGUCGCGAUGCUCUCCCCGGACGCCCCAGAGCGUCGCGAUGCUCUCCCCGGCCGCCCCAGAGCGUCGCGAUGCUCUCCCAGGACGCCCCGGAGCGUCGCGAUGCUCUCCCCGGCCGCCCCGGAGCGUCGCGAUGCUCUCCCCGGACGCCCCGGAGCGUCGCGAUGCUCUCCCCGGACCCCCCAGAGCAUCGCGAUGCUCUCCCCGGACUCCCCAGAGCGUCGCGAUGCUCUCCCCAGCCGCCCCGAAGCGUCGAGAUGCUCUCCCUGGACGCCCCGAAACGUCGCGAUGCUCUCCCCGGACGCCCCGGAGCGUCGCGAUGCUCUCCCCAGACGCCCCGGAGCGUCGCGAUGCUCUCCCCGGACGCCCCAGAGCGUCACGAUGCUCUCCCCGGACGCCCCAGAGCGUCGCGAUGCUCUCCCCGGACGCCACAGAGCGUCGCGAUGCUCUCCGCGGACGCCCCGGAGCGUCGGGAAGCUCUCCCCGGACGCCCUGGAGCGUCGCGAUGCUCUCCCCGGACGCCUCGGAGCAUCGCGAUGCUCUCCCCGGACGCCCCAGAGCGUCGCGAUGCUCUCCCCAGCCACCCCGGAGCGUCGCCAUGCUCUCCCCAGACGCCCCCGAGCAUCGCGAUGCUCUCCCCAGACGCCCCGGAGCGUCGCGAUGCUCUCCCCGGACGCCCUAGAGCGUUGCGAUGCUCUCCCUGGACGCCCCGGAGCGUCGCGAUGCUCUCCUCGGAUGCCCCAGAGCGUCGCGAUGCUCUCCCCGGCCCCCCCGGAGCGUCGCGAUGCUAUGGAGCGUCGCGAUGCUCUCCCCGGACGCCCCAGAGCAUCGCGAUGCUUUCCCCGGACGCCCCAGAGCGUCGCGAUGCUCUCCCCAGCCGCCCCGGAGCGUCGCGAUGCUCUCCCUGGACGCCCCUGAGCGUCGCGAUGCUCUCCGCGGACGCCCCAGAGCGUCGCAAUGCUCUCCCCGGCCGACCCGGAGCGACGCGAUGCUCUCCCCAGCCGCCCCGGAGCGUCGCGUUGCUCUCCCAGGACGCCCCAGAGCGUCGCGAUGAUCUCCCCGGACGCCCCAGAGCGUCGCGAUGCUCUCCCCGGACGCUUCGGAGCGUCGCGAUGCUCUCUUUGGCCGCCCCAGAGCGUCGCGAUGCUUUCCCCGAAGGCCCUAGAGCGUCACGAUGCUCUCCCCGAACGCCCCAGAGCGUUGCGAUGCUCUCCCCGGACGCCCCCGAGCGUCGCGAUGCUCUCCUCGGACGCCCCAGAGCGUCGCGAUGCUCUCCCCGGACGCCCCAGAGCGUCGUGAUGGUCUCCCCAGCCGCCCCGGAGCAUCGCGAUGCUCUCCUUGGACGCCCCAGAGCGUCGCGAUGCUCUUCCCGGCCGCCCCAGAGCGUCGCGAUGCUCUCCCCGAACGCCCCAGAGCGUUGCGAUGCUCUCCCCGGACGCCCCGGAGCGUCGCGAUGCUCUCCCCGGACGCCCCAGAGCGUCGCGAUGCUCUCCCCGGACGCCCCAGAGCGUCGCGAUGCUCUCCCCAGCCGCCCCGGAGCGUCGCCAUGCUCUCCCCAGACGCCCCGGAGCGUCGCGAUGCUCUCCCCGGACGCCCUAGAGCGUCGUGAUGCUCUCCCCGGACGCCCCAGAGCGUUGGGAUGCUCUCCCCGGACGCCCCAGAGCGUCGCGAUGCUCUCCCCAGCCGCCCCGGAGCGUCGCGAUGCCCUCCCAGGACGCCCCGGAGUGUCGCGAUGCUCUCUCCGGACGCCCCAGAGCGUCGCGAUGCUCUCCCCAGCCGCCCCAGAGCGUCGCGAUGCUCUCCCCGGACGCUUCGGAGCGUCGCGAUGCUCUCUUUGGCCGCCCCAGAGCGUCACGAUGCUUUCCCCGAAGGCCCUAGAGCGUCACGAUGCUCUCCCUGAACGCCCCAGAGCGUUGCGAUGCUCUCCCCGGACGCCCCGGAGCGUCGCGAUGCUCUCCCCGGACGCCCUGGAGCGUCGCGAUGCUCUCCCCGGACGCCUCGGAGCAUCGCGAUGCUCUCCCCGGACGCCCCAGAGCGUCGCGAUGCUCUCCCCAGCCGCCCCGGAGCGUCGCCAUGCUCUCCCCAGACGCCCCCGAGCAUCGCGAUGCUCUCCCCAGACGCCCCAGAGCGUCGCGAUGCUCUCCCCGGACGCCCUAGAGCGUUGUGAUGCUCUCCCUGGACGCCCCGGAGCCAUCGCGAUGCUUUCCCCGGACGCCCCAGAGCGUCGCGAUGCUCUCCCCAGCCGCCCCGGAGCGUCGCGAUGCUCUCCGUGGACGCCCAAGAGCGUCGCGAUGCUCUCCGCGGACGCCCCAGAGCGUCGCAAUGCUCUCCCCGGCCGACCCGGAGCGAGGCGAUGCUCUCCCCAGCCGCCCCGGAGCGUCGCGUUGCUCUCCCAGGACGCCCCAGAGCGUCGCGAUGAUCUCCUCGAACGCUCCAGAGCGUCGCGAUGCUCUCCCCGGACGCUUCGGAGCGUCGCGAUGCUCUCUUUGGCCGCCCCAGAGCGUCGCGAUGCUUUCCCCGAAGGCCCUAGAGCGUCACGAUGCUCUCCCCGAACGCCCCAGAGCGUUGCGAUGCUCUCCCCGGACGCCCCGGAGCGUCGCGAUGCUCUCCUCGGACGCCCCAGAGCGUCGCGAUGCUCUCCCCGGACGCCCCAGAGCGUCGCGAUGGUCUCCCGAGCCGCCCCGGAGCGUCGCGAUGCUCUCCUUGGACGCCCCAGAGCGUCGCGAUGCUCUUCCUGGCCGCCCCAGAGCGUCGCGAUGCUCUCCCCGAACGCCCCAGAGCGUUGCGAUGCUCUCCCCGGACGCCCCGGAGCGUCGCGAUGCUCUCCCCGGACGCCCCAGAGCGUCGCGAUGCUCUCCCCGGACGCCCCAGAGCGUCGCGAUGCUCUCCCCAGCCGCCCCGGAGCGUCGCCAUGCUCUCCCCAGACGCCCCGGAGCGUCGCGAUGCUCUCCCCGGACGCCCUAGAGCGUCGUGAUGCUCUCCCCGGACGCCCCAGAGCGUUGGGAUGCUCUCCCCGGACGCCCCAGAGCGUCGCGAUGCUCUCCCCAGCCGCCCCGGAGCGUCGCGAUGCCCUCCCAGGACGCCCCAGAGUGUCGCGAUGCUCUCCCCGGACGCCCCAGAGCGUCGCGAUGCUCUCCCCGGCCGCCCCAGAGCGUCGCGAUGCUCUCCCAGGACGCCCCAGAGCGUCGCGAUGCUCUCCCCGGCCGCCCCUGAGCGUCGCGAUGCUCUCCCUGGACGCCCCUAAGCGUCGCGAUGCUCUCCCCGGACGCCCCAGAGCGUCGCGACGCUCUCCCCAGCUGCCCCGGAGCGUCGCGAUGCUCUCCCCAGCCGCCCCGAAGCGUCGAGAUGCUCUCCCUGGACGCCCCGAAACGUCGCGAUGCUCUCCCCGGACGCCGCGGAGCGUCGCGAUGCUCUCCCCAGACGCCCCGGAGCGUCGCGAUGCUCUCCCCGGACGCCCCGGAGCGUCGCGAUGCUCUCCCCGGACGCCCCAGAGCGUCACGAUGCUCUCCCCGGACGCCCCAGAGCGUCGCGAUGCUCUCCCCGGACGCCACAGAGCGUCGCGAUGCUCUCCCCGGCCGCCCCGGAGCGUCGCGAUGCUCUCCACGGACGCCCCGGAGCGUGGCGAUGCUCUCCGCGGACGCCCCGGAGCGUCGCGAUGCUCUCCUCGGACGCCCUGGAGCGUCGCGAUGCUCUCCCCGGACGCCUCGGAGCAUCGCGAUGCUCUCCCCGGACGCCCCAGAGCGUCGCGAUGCUCUCCCCAGCCGCCCCGGAGCGUCGCCAUGCUCUCCCCAGACGCCCCCGAGCAUCGCGAUGCUCUCCCCAGACGCCCCAGAGCGUCGCGAUGCUCUCCCCGGACGCCCUAG